UCGCGCUCACGCCGCCGCCGCGGCAGCUUUUGCGGGCUGACCGGGACCGGAGCAUCCAUGGGGCUGGGGCCGCGCUCCCCCCACAAGGCCGGGCGCCGUUUCCCAGCUGGUGGCAAACGGGGGCGCGGUGCCAAGGUGUUGGGGCGCUCCUCAGGCCGCGAGCGACAGCCCUGCCCGCCCCCGGACGGGCGCUCGCCGCCGGCUCUGGACGCGCACCCUCACCUGAGCCCCGAAGCGCUGGGGUACUUCCGCCGGGCGCUGUUGGCGCUGAAAGAAGCCCCGGAGGCCGGAGAAGAACGAGAGCUGAUGGUGCACAAUGUUUUGAAGGAAGUGGAGGCUCAGGCCCUCGCCUUGGCCACAAACAGGACUGGCAGUGAGAUGCUGCAGGAACUGUUGGGGUACAGCACCCUGAAACCUCUGUGUGGAGUAUUGGCUGCUCUGCGCCCCAGCUUGCGCUCUGUGGCCUGUCACCGGUGUGGGGUCCACGUAUUGCAGAGCGCUUUGCAGCAGCUGCCCCGAUUGUUGGGGAGCUGUGCGGAGGAGGAGGCAGAGGAGGAGGAGGCGGUGCCUCCCUUGGAGACCCUGGAGGAGCUGGUGCUGGGACUAGCCUCUGAGGUGUGUGAUGAUUUCCUUUUCUACUGUGGAGACACACAUGGCAGCUUCGUGGUCAGAACUCUGCUGCAGGUGUUAGGAGGGACUCUUCUGGAGUCCGAGAGAGCCAGACCCCGGGGCUCCCGGUCACCUGAAGCACAAAGAACUCCAGCUCGGGAAUGUAAACCAACUGAUUUUGAGGUUCCUGAAUCCUUCUUGAAUUGUCUUCAGGACCUGAGCUCCUGCUUUCUGAAGGACAUUGCUGUGUUUAUCACUGACAAGAUCUCCAGUUUCUGCUUUCAAGUGGCCUUACAGAUCUUACACCGCAAAGUGCCCCAGUUGUGUGCCCACCUCUGUAAUGCUGUGAUUGACUAUCUGAGUAACCGCAAUUCCUCAGCAGAUGGCAGCCCCCUACUGCUAUUUCUGCGGGAUCAGACGAGCUCCAGACUUCUGGAGCAGGUGCUGCUGGUGUUGGAGCCCCCGAGGCUCCAGAGCCUUUUUGAGGAUCACUUCCAAGGGCAGCUGCAGACCAUGGCUGCACAUCCUAUUGCCAACUUCCCUUUGCAGCGUUUACUAGAUGCUGUCACUACCCCUGAGCUCCUGUCCCCCGUAUUUGAGGAGCUGAGUCCUGCCCUGGAAGCUGUGCUGGCACAGGGUCACCCAGGGGUAGUCGUUGCCCUGGUGGGAGCCUGCCGCAGAGUUGGAACCCACCAAGCCCAGGUUCUGCAGCUGUUGUUAGAGGCAUUCCACUGUGCAGAGCCCUCUUCCCGGCAAGUGGCCUGUGUGCCUCUCUUUGCCACUUUGAUGGCUUAUGAGGUGUACUAUGGACUGGUGGAGGAGGAGGGGGCAGUGCCUGCGGACCACCAGGUUGAAAUGGGCGCAGCCAGGGCCCUGGGAGAAGUGACAGUCCUCGGAUCUCUACUGCUCCAGCAUCUGCUGCACUUCUCCACUCCUGGCCUUAUACUUCGAAGUCUGGGUGCCUUGACGGGACCACAACUUCUGACUCUGGCCCAAAGUCCUGCUGGUUCCCAUGUGCUUGAUGCCGUCCUGACCAGCCCUUCUGUGACGCGCAAGCAGCGCCGCCGUGUGCUCAAGACCCUAAAGCACAUUUUCAAGAACUGCCCUAGAGGGACCUACCUUGUCUGUCUCAAUGCAGGGACAGUAUGUGGCUCUGGCUUGCAGUCGCCAUGGCAGCCGUGUGUUAGAUGCCAUCUGGAAUGGAGCAGCCUUGGGGGCCCGGAAGGAAAUUGCUGCUGAGCUGGGAGAGCGGAACCAAGAGCUGAUAAAAGACCCUUUUGGCCACCAUGUGGCUCGAAAUGUGGCCCUGACUACCUUCCUGAAGCGUCGAGAAGCUUGGGAACAGCAACAGGGGGCAGUGGCCAAGCGGAGGCGGGUUUUGAACUCAAUUCUUGAAGACUGAGGCCUUGAGAUCUGGGACUGGGUGUUGAUGGGGGAGGAGGAAAGGGAGUAUCUGUCCUGUCCCCUUACUAAUUUAAAUCGAAGUCAUUGAAGUCAAAAGUCUUAUUGGUAAACAUUUUUAUAUUUGUA